AGAGUGGUCUUAUGGAAUGUCCUGUUGGCUUUACAAUAAUUGAAAUGGCACAAUGAAGCGUAAAAGAGCUUGGAUUGACGCUGAUUUCAGCGUCGAUGAUGUGAAAGUAGUCCCCAAAACAUCUUUGAAAGCUCCUGUAUUACUGUCCUCAAAUAGUUCGAAAUCAACGAACGAUUGCAAUGCAAAACAAGUGCGGAAAGAUGUGAACAAAUGGACUACUAGUGGCUUAUGGCACGAGAUUCACCAACCGGAAACCGUUCAAGAAUUGUGCCUGCACACAAAAAAAGUUCAUGAAGUGUCCGAAAAACUAGAUACCUGUACUCGAAGUAGAAGUAAUUGUGGAAAAGCCGUCGUCCUAAAAGGGCCCAGUGGUUGCGGGAAAAGCAGCGUUGUUAGAGCCGUGGCCAAAAAAUUAAAUCUAGAGUUGAAAAGUUUCAAAACAGCCUCUGGGUGUAAUUUGUUCUCAGAUCAACUAACAGAUGAUUCAGAGCUGAAAGAAUUUAGAAGCUUUGUUUUAUCGUCUGCUAACAGCGCAUUGUGCCUAAAGACCGCAUGUCGAUCCUCAAUUUUGUGGAUUCCGGAAUUACCGAAUGUGUUUGUGAUGUCUAUGUAUAAGUUGGAGUGUCUCCUAGACGAAUAUCUUAAGAGCGAAAGUGCGUGCCCAAUUGUGUUCGAGUUUCCCGAGUCCUCAAAUCGGGUCAUAUCAUUUUCAAAUAAGUUUGUGAUGCUGAAUCGUGUCAUUGAAAUAUCUAUGAACGCAGUAGCUCCGACGUUUAUGAGUAAAAGUUUGCAAUUGAUUGGUUGCAAAUUACCAGUCAAUUUGAAAAAAUAUUUAUCCUCCAGUAUGAUCAGGAGAAUAGUCGACAGUUCUGCUGGGGACUUAAGGCUAGCGGUCAACAUGGCACAGAUGUUAUUAUUGUCUAAAAGGACGAAGUUUCAGAAUUCCGGAUCUAGUACGAAAGAUUUCACGCUUGGAUUUUUCCAUGCUGUUGGAAAAGUUUUGAACCCAAAACGCCUGGAGGUUUCAGAGUCGGUUUGCCGCCGAUGCAAUGUUAACCCGUUAUCCUUUAGUUUAGUUGAUUUAGUUGACUGUUUAGCGGCAGGAUCCCAAUUUUUUGUAUCACUUGUAGAAGAAAACUUUUGUGAUUUCGCUGGUUCAGUGGAGACAUUUUCCAAGUGUUUUGAUGACUUUGUUGUUUGUGAUUUAAUUAAUGCAAACAAGUUUGUAUCAACAACUGGAGCUGUGAAUUAUUUUGAAACUUGUGUACAUUUUGUAUGCUGUGCAUCUGUAGCCUUUUGGCUUUCGCAAAAUAUUAAUGAAAGGCCUAAAAAGUCAUUCGCUCCGGUCAGAAAGCCAACAACUGUACAUAAAAAUGGCAUGUCUACUUUUGGUCAAAUAAAUCAAAUUUCACUGAGCAGGAAUUGUUUAUUUGAAAUAGAUGCGUAUUCUGAAUUAAUGCAGUCAAAAAAAAUGGUUAAAGAAAAUCUGAGGUCCUUUUUUGAAGAUGGAGCGAUCUCCAGUAGUUCUAAUUUCUUUGAUAAUUCUAUUGAAAUUGAAGAUUACGAUUAUUAUACUGAAUUUUCCAAAGUGAAUUUUCGUACUGAAAUUUAUUAA